AGGAUCGAUUUUGAUGAUAGGUUGGAGCAUCUAUGUGAUGACAACAAGCCGUCAUGGAAAUUAUGGCAGGAAAGUGUUAAAGAAUCCUAUCAUAAGGCAAAACGGUCAGUUGAAAGAAGUAAAGACGAAACGCAAUUUCUUGAGUCGACACUGUCUCGAACGAGGAAAAGUCGAGGUGAAAGUCCGUUUAGAAACCUUGACACCGAGACCGGCUUCAUUCCCAGCGACGAAGCUAUGCAGGUUAGUACUGAUGAUCGGGACCUUGUCUUGUUGAAAUUCUCAUGGACACUCUGGGUCUGUUCAGCUGGCUCUGGACCGUAUGCUGCACCGGCAUUGUCAUUCUCCCAAGGAAUAGAAUCACGAUAUGAGCAGAGGGCUAACGACGUUGAAGCGAUGUUGCUGAAAACCGCGCCGCUACCAACACGUAUGAAGAUCACUGCAAAGGAAUUCCGCAACGCUCCCAAUCCAUCAGCUGGAUCGGCAUCUGAACAUGAUGACUACGAUUUUUCCAUGUAUUGUCCCAAGCCGUACUAUUCACGUCCUAAUCGAGAUGAUCCAGACUAUUUCGACUUCGAUUUGCAACAUUCCGUAGACUUAUUCAAACGACCCGAAGGAAAGUACACACCACGAGGACCACAGGAAUGGGAGAAGAAAUUACUUGGUGAGGUUAGCGCCAAAGGUUCAACACCCGUCUCCGGCUAUAUGUUCACGAAGGGUGAUUCUGACUGGCGCACAAACGGCUCAUCGUACCUGAGUGCCGCACUGCGUACGCCGAAAUUUUGGGAGCAACGAUUCGAGAGCCUUGGGAAGCAAGUCAGGGACAGUAAUCCCAUCAGUCUCGAUAGUAUCAACAGGAAUCGCCCUACCCCGAGCAGAUUUACCGAGUACAUCGACCCAGAUUUUGAAGACUACGAUGAUCCCAGAUCGGCUGACUAG